AUGUUGCUCUGGGUGGUCCAUCUGGUUGGCCUGCAGUUUUCCAUUGCCAUCUGCUGGACUUUUGACUGUCAGAGGACCGAAUCCUCACCUGACUUUAGUCUCCAGGGAGAUUAUCUCCUCGGAGGCCUGUUCCCUCUCCACUCUGACUGUUCGCAGCAGAGACACAGACCCCAGGUGACCUUCUGUGACAGACCUGACAGCUUCAAUGGCCACGGCUACCACCUCUUCCAGGCCAUGAGGUUUGCCAUCGAGGAGAUCAACAACUCCACGUCGCUGUUACCCAAUGUCACGCUGGGGUAUGAGCUGUACGACGUGUGCUCCGAGUCAGCCAAUGUGUACGCCACGCUGAGCAUGCUCGCGCUGCCAGGGACACGCUACGUAGGGAUCCGAGGAAACCUGUCCCACUACUCCCCCAGGGUGAUGGCCGUCAUCGGACCGGACACCACCGACCACGCAGUCAUCACCGCUGCUAUGCUGAGCCCCUUUCUGGUGCCCCUGAUCAGCUAUGAGGCCAGCAGCACAGCACUCAGCACAAAGCGGUUGUACCCCUCUUUUCUGCGCACCAUCCCCAGCGACCAACACCAGGUAGAGAUCCUGGUGUUGCUUCUGCAGAAGUUCGGCUGGCUGUGGCUCUCGCUGGUGGGCAGCCACGGUGACUAUGGGCAGCUCGGUGUACAGGCGCUGGAGGAGCUGGCCACACAGCGUGGCAUGUGUAUUGCCUUCAAGGGCAUUGUACCCGUCUCAGCCAGGGCAGGGGACAAGAGGAUGGGGGAUAUGAUGCUCCACCUGGCCCAAGCCAGGACCACUGUGGUAGUGGUUUUCUCCAACAGGCAGCUGGCUGCCGUGUUCUUUGAGUCUGUGGUAUUGGCCAACCUCACUGGCAAAGUGUGGAUUGGCUCAGAAGACUGGUGCAUCUCCACCCAUAUCACCCAUCUGCCUGGCAUCCGGGACAUUGGGACCGUGCUGGGGGUGGCCAUCAAGCAGAGGGUCAUCCCUGGCCUGAAGGAGUUUGAAGAGGCCUACGCUCUGUCAGAAAAGAAUGGCCCUAGGCCUUGCCCUAAGGAUUCCUUCUGCAGCACCAACCAGCUCUGCCGAGAGUGCCAAGCAUUUGGGGUGCACGAGACGCCCAACCUGGGGGCCUUCUCCAUGAGUGCUGCCUACAACUCCUAUCAGGCAGUGUAUGUUGUGGCUCACGGCCUCCACCAGCUCCUGGGCUGUCCUGCUGGAGCCUGCUCCAAGGAACUAGUCUACCCAUGGCAGCUUCUAGAGCAGAUCUACAAAGUGAAUUUCCUUCUACAUGAGGACACUGUGACAUUUGAUGACAAGGGAGACCCACUCCCUGGCUAUAACGUCAUCACCUGGGACUGGAGUGGGCCCCAGUGGACCUUUAGAGUCAUUGGCUCCUCCACCUGGUCUCCAGUCCAGUUGGACCUAAACCAGACAGAAAUUCAGUGGCAUGGGAAGAGCAACCAGGUGCCUACGUCUGUGUGUACCUUGGACUGUCUGGAAGGGCACCAUCGAGUGGUUAUGGGUUUCCACCACUGUUGCUUUGAGUGUGUGCCCUGUGAUGCUGGAACCUUCCUCAAUAAGAGUGACCUCCACAGUUGCCAGCCUUGUGGGAAAGAAGAGUGGGCCCCCGCGGGAAGCCACACCUGCUUCCCACGCACUGUGGUGUUUUUGACUUGGCUUGAGCCCAUCUCCUGCGUGCUGCUGACAGCGAAUACACUGCUACUGCUGCUACUGAUUGGGACUGCCAUCCUGUUUGCUUGGCACCAUGACACUCCUGUGGUGAGGUCGGCUGGGGGCAGGCUGUGCUUCCUCAUGCUGGGCUCCCUGGCGGGGUGUAGCUGCAGCCUCUACAACUUCUUUGGGGAGCCCACACUGCCCAAAUGUUUGCUCCGCCAGACCCUCUUUUUCCUUGGUUUCGCCAUCUUUCUGUCCUGCUUGACAGUCCGCUCUUUCCAACUGGUGAUCAUCUUCAAGUUUUCCACCAAGGUACCCACAUUCUACCAUGCUUGGGUCCAAAACCAUGGUGCUGGCCUGUUUGUGAUGCUCAGCUCAACUGCACAGCUGCUUAUCUGUCUAACUUGGCUCGCAGUGUGGACCCCACUGCCAACUAGGGAAUACCAGCGCUUCCCCCAGCUGGUGGUCCUCGAGUGUACCCAGGCCAACUCACUGGGCUUCCUGCUGGCUUUCACCUACAACGGUCUCCUCUCCAUCAGCGCCUUUGCCUGCAGCUACCUGUGCAAGGAACUGCCAGAGAACUACAACGAGGCCAAAUGUGUCACCUUCAGCUUGCUCCUCAACUUCGUGUCCUGGAUCACCUUCUUGACCAUGGCGAGUAUCGACCAGGGCGGGCACCUACCCGUGGUCAACGUGCUGGCAGGGCUGGCCAGCCUGAGCGGCAGCUUCAGCGGGUAUUUCCUCCCGAAGUGCUACGUGAUCCUCGGCCGCCCGGAUCUCAAUAACACCCAGCACUUCCAGGCCUCCAUCCAGGACUACACGCGGCGCAGCGGCGGCACUUGA